GUAAAAUCUUAUUGCUAAAAUAGAGAGGACAAAUCCGAUACUCUACGGGAUUGAAGGACAUUUACUAGGUUUGGAUUGUCCUAACCAAUCAAUAAACUUUGAUUAUUCACGUCUCGUAAUAUCUUCCAAUCAGGUAGCAAGAAAAAUUCACGCACUAACUGUCCAUCGUUCAAUUCUUAAUCUCGACUCCUAGGAGUCGAUAAUUAAGUUGAAAUGAGGACAAGGUUACUUCGGGUAACAGGAAUUGGUUUGAAACGGAAUGACUUCAUCCUUAAGGAUAGCACAGUCGCCAUUGUCUUGUCAGCUUUGUGACAAUCCUAACGUCAUAAAAUGGAAAUGUAAGGAUUGCGAAUUGUUAAUGUGUGACAACUGUAAAGAACGUAUCCAUCCAAGAUUUAAAUUGUCCGAAACACAUACUAUAAUUUCCAUAAAAGAUAUUGGAAAGAAGGAAAGUGAUAUGUCUACUCAGGUUGGAUCGUUACAAAUUUCACAACCAGUGAUAUCGUCACUACUAUCUACAUAUACGUCAGAUUUUCCUGCCUUCAGUAAAAUCCAAUAUUCUGACAAUGACACAAUUUACUGCUCGUACCAUGUAGAUCAAGACGUACACAAGUUUUUUGUUAUUCGGUUAUUGAAAGAAUCAAUAAAAGAAGUACAAAAACUAGAUAUACAAUGUACAGAUUUUGCUCUCGGCAGUAAAGAUGAUAUUUAUUACGGACAAUUCCGUGGUUCUGAGGUGAAAGUUUUAUCAAAUGACGGUAUAACAAAUACAAUUAUUAGCACUUCACCAAUGCUAAUAUUGUGCAUACAUAUCAAUAAUGACAACGAGAUAAUCCUAGGUCUACGAGAACAAGGGUCUACAUUUCCAGUCAAAGAAUGCUCUAACAGACAUAUUGCUGUAUUCGGUGAAAACAACAAACGAAAACUAAUGAUUGAAUACGAUCAGAAGGGUAAAAAAUUGUUCAGUUAUAUCUGGAGAAUAUCCACUGAUUCAGAUAAUAAUAUCUAUGCAAUUGAUCUAUUUGAAAAUUUAGAUGGACGUUUAAUCGCGUUAGAAAGAUCUGGUUGUGUAAAAUUCAUAUACAAAGGUCAAAGCAGUAUCAAUAUAACACACAGAUCAUUCAAUCCAAUGGGUGUUGCUAUCACAAAGACAAAUGUCAUAAUAGUCUCUGACGAAAAUAACCAUUCUCUACAUGCACUCAACACAAAAGGAGAACUUAUUGGAUUACAAACAGUUAUUAAUCUUGGAAUUCAACUUCCGGUGAGUCUAUGUUUGAAUAAUGAAGGAUUGUUAUUGGUUGGAUGUUACGCCAGCGACAGCGGAGCAAGAAAUGCCAAAAUCCAUGUCACUAAAAUAGCAUUAUGAUUUAUUUCUUUAAAAGAUGACAUAUAAUGAAUUUUCUGUAUAGUUUUUAUUUUGUAUUAUUUGUGCAUUACGAGUGUCCAGGUUGUAGCUACAAUGGUGCGAUGUGUGUCUUAUUUGCAUAUUCAAAAUUGUUAUGAUGCAUUUUUCGUAACUAUGUAUAAAUAAGAAUUGAAUUUUGCUUUAAGGUUCCAUUUGUCGGACCACAAACAUGACAAAUAUAAUUUUUUUGAUUUAAAUAUUUUUUUUAAACUGAACUUUUGCAGGUCUUUGAUGGUGAUGUUUAUUUUUCUCAUGGAUUCCUAUUUCAGACCGAAGAUUUACUUAUUUGUGUCUGGAAUUCGUCUUGCAUUUACAUCUAUGUAGGAGCAUUCCGUUUUAAGUCAUAUUGGUUUAAUGAAGAUUCUUCAUGCAGAUUUGCACAUGUUUUCCAAUUUGUUUUAACGUAAGAUGUCAAAUUUUAGAAAAGAAAACAUCAUAUUGGUUAUACAGCUCGUAUUGUUCCCUUUUAAUUUGCUGCAAAUAUUUUAUUAUAACACUUCCAUCUAUUAUCAUGUUAAAAAGAAAGGAGUUUUCAAAUAUG